GUCUCUUACAAUGUUUACUGUUACUAUCACCUGGUCUAGUUAAGCUUUUCAUGACGAGACAUUUGCUAAAUACGAGGUUCAAGAUUUUGAAUUAUAUUUAAUUUUUCCUCUGUGAUUCGCUUGUAUAAAUUAACUUAAACGAUGUUAAACAGACUUUUAAAGUCUAAUUAAAUCCAAUUCCUAAGCCUACCAUAAUUUAGUGGCUUUCUACAGGAUUAAUAAUAUUUACGUAAAAAUCUUGAUUUUAUUUUGAUAUUUUUGGUAAACUCUAAAAUCCAAUGGAUGCUAGGUUUUUACUGCAAACAUACCAAGAAAUACCUGUUAUUACUCGUUAUUAUUUAACAGCUUGUGUAAUUACAACACUUCUAGUGCAACUAGGUUUCAUUACGCCUUUCCAAUUAUAUUUCAAUCCGACACUCAUUGUUCAACAAUUACAGAUAUGGCGCUUGUUCACAACAUUUCUAUUUUUCGGAUAUUUUGGAUUUUCAUUCAUUUUCAACGUUACCUUCACUUACAAAUAUUGCAGUAUGUUAGAGGAAGGGUCAUUCCGUGGGCGAACAGCUGACUUUUUUUAUAUGUUAUUAUUCGGUGGCGUUUGUAUGACUGUAAUUGCUUUAUUUGUUAAUCUCCUUUUCUUGGGGCAUGCCUUCACUAUAAUGUUAGUUUAUAUCUGGUCUCGACGAAAUCCAUGGGCUCGCAUGAAUUUUUUUGGUUUAAUUACUUUCCAAGCACCCUUUCUGCCUUGGGUGUUGCUUGGGUUUUCAUUCAUUCUCGGCGGUGAAGUAUUAACUGAUUUGAUGGGAAUAUCAGUUGGUCAUAUUUAUUAUUUCCUUGAAGAUGUAGCGCCUAAUAUAACUGGAGGUUAUCGUUUUCUGAAAACUCCUGGUUUUAU